AGCUUCCACGGUGAACAGCAGUCUCGGUACAACAAUUUUCCGUAUAAUUCACCAGAGCCGAUCAACAUACAGCCUUGCGACACCGACCAUGAUGAGGCGAUCUCUGGGCCAAGUGCUUGCUCUUGCUUUCCUACUAUCCGCAAGCGCCCAAGCAGCUGUGUCCAAGACGUGUCCUUCGACAUCGGGCAUCUGCUUCUCACUUUCCAUUCCCGACCAGACAGCACAGUCUGGCAAUGGCGACAUCUUUUUCCAGAUUUCCGGACCAUCGACCUCGCACGAAUGGAUCGCGCUUGGCCAGGGCGAGGGUAUGGCUGGCGCCAAUAUAUUCGUGGUAUAUUUAUCUGCGAACGGAAUGAACGUCACCGUGUCUCCCAGGUUGGGAAAGGGCCACAUUGAGCCACAGCACCAAAAUGGUCAAGGCGCAAAUGUCACUCUUUUGAAGGGAUCUGGCGUUGAGAACGGCACAUUGACAGCAAAUGUGAGAUGUGCUGGCUGCUCUUCCUGGAAUGGAGGCUCAAUGAACUUCGCCGGCACAGGCGCUACCUGGAUCUACGCCUCCAAGUCCGGAACUCCCAUCCAAUCCGACGAUCUUGCAGCCGAGAUUUCUUAUCACGAUGACCAUGGCGGCUUCAAUUGGGAUUUUGCAAGUGCCAAAGGAGGUGCAGUGUCUGCAAAUGCGAACCCAUUCCUGGCAGCCACUGCCUCCGAAGCCAGCACACAAGCAAUCGGUGGCGGUGUGUCGGAUUCCUAUAUCAUCGCUCACGCUGUGUUCGCUUGCCUUGCCGUUGCUUUCCUCCUUCCAAUCGGUGGCAUUCUCAUCCGCGUCGGCAAUCUACCCAACUUGCUCAUCAUACACUCCGCGAUUCAGUAUCUUGGCCUGUCCUUCUACAUUAUUGCAUUCGGUCUUGGAGCUUACUACGCAUCGAAAGAGCACUACUGGAGUAACCGCCAUCCAAUCAUCGGCACCGUCGUCUUUGGUCUCAUGCUUACCCAGCCACUAUGGGGCGUCCUCCAUCAUCGCAUGUACAAGAAGACGCAAGGCCGGACUAUCUCGUCUUGGUUCCACUUGAGCGUUGGCCGUAUCGUCAUUCUCCUUGGUAUCGUCAAUGGAGGCCUUGGUCUACAACUUGGAGGAAAGAGCAAGGGCGCCAAGAUUGGAUAUGGUGUCGGCGCCGGCAUCAUGGGACUGCUCUACAUACUGGCGAUCCUGUACGGCGAGAACAAGCGACGCUCCUCGCGUCAGAAUAGGAGCGCCAGUGGCGAGAGCACUGGGAUUGGUGACAAGAUUGAGCACAAAGACUCUCGGACCUCGUAGGCGACCUGACUGCGGGUCAGCGGUCUGUUCCUGUUCUUCUCUGGUCUCUGAUGAAGGAUAGAAGGAUCUUGAACGAAGAUGGAAGUUCUGCCAAACAUUUUCCUUUUGCGAACCUUUUUAUAUCCUUGAUAUCGGGAUGAGCUGUAUUUCUUUCGAGCAUCGCAAGUCCUUCACAAUUGG